AUGGAAAUUUUCGACCCUCCUCCGUUUGUGAAAAUUUUCACCAGUUUUUUAAAGAUAGCCAUACUUUUCGUUCCACUCAUUCAUCUGACCCGCUUCUCGAUUCCAGAUCUCAUUGAACCACUUGCCGAAAUCCCAGAAACCGCUCAUUGCACAAAUAUCGAUCAAGCUAGAGCAAACAUAAAAAAUAUAAACUUUCUGGUGCCGCAAAUAUCAUUUCUUUUGAAAAUUGUUCUAUGGAAUCUAUUUUCCUCUAUGCUUGCUGAUAUGAUGGUUCAAAUGCGACGAUUGACUAGAAUCCAAUUUUUGUUUCUUUACCAUAGUUUGGCGUUGAUAAGUUUCAUUGCCUACAUGUCGUCACAAGCCAUAUUAUUUUAUUAUGAUACGAAUCUCUUCUGGGAUCUUCCCAUUGAUUGCAAGGAGAUCAUGCCCAAAGAGAACUCGAAUUCGAUAUUUUAUUUUUUCGUUUUCAAAAUUAUGCUAUUUUUUUUCAUUAUGGCCAUUUCCGACUUCUACCCUCUCAAAGACGGUAGUUUUGUCGCUGCUCUCGUUGUAGUUAUUGUCUGGAAACUGGACACAGCUCUUCUGGGUUUCCCGAACGAGAACCAAAGACCAAAUAGUCCUCAAGAAGCAAAUGAGUCUCCCGAGCGUUUGAUUAAUGGAAUAAGAGAACGUCGUGUAAACAAUAGUCAAGCAGCGAGACGUUGUGGAGCUAGAAGACGUGUUCAAACUCGAAAUCAACAACGAGCUAGGAGAAAUGGACCACCACCAGCAUAUGAGGAGAUCCAACAAGGAGCACACACCAAUGUUCCAGAGCAAUCAUCACAAGAGCACUCUCCGAUGGAACAAGAAGCGCCUCCAGCAUAUGAACAAGUUUCCCAAGAUGGCGCGCCACCACCAUAUGAGGUUGCGGACAACAACGUCAUGGUCAUUGGUAUAUGGUACCCACGAGACAACAAUCAAAGAGAGGAAGCUGACAGAAACUAG